UGGAGGUAUCUGAAGCCACGUGUGCAUUAUGAAGGAGAACGGGUCCUUGUGUCAGAUGGAGCAGCUGCUCUGUGCAUGUCUGCUAGACUGCCACCGGCAGACCCACACCCGCAGCGCCGCAGGGGCCCCGAUCCGACACAGAGCCAACGGGGCGGUGGGGGCCUUGUGCAACAGUCCCGACUGUGUGGUGGCCACCAGGCUGGAGGGCUCCGAGCAGGGCCGGCAUGGGGCUGGCAGGGUGCUGGUCACCGGAGGGGCCGGAUACUUCGGAUUCAGACUGGGCCACACUCUGGCAGGCCAAGGGGCUACAGUCUUUCUGCUGGACCUCCACAAGCCGCCUUGGGAUAUCCCUGAUGGAGCCGUCUUCCAGCAGAUUGAUAUCCGGGAUUAUGAUGCCCUGUAUAAGAUCUGUGCAGGAGUGGAUGUUAUUUAUCACACUGCUUCCUAUGGGAUGUCCGGACCGGAACAGAACUCAUAUUGGCAGUCUUAUGGGUGA